UCUCCAAAAAGCACAGCGUUUCCUCCGAAUAUUCCCAUGAAAAUUCCCCCCCCUCCGAACAACCCCCACUUUUCGAAACCACGAGCCUCUCUCCAUUUCUUUGUUUAUAAAAGCUUUUAACUUCUCAAAAAGAAGCAGUCAUAUCCUUCUUCUAAUGAAGUUUACAAAGUAAAGCAAAAGAAAGAGUAUUCGGCAAACAGCUUUGGGCUUUACUUACUGUUUCGGAAUGGCGGUAUUUGUCAGGACAAAGCGAGUAACUGACCCGCUCGACGACAAGGUCAGGGCUCGACUGGUUGGAAUGGAUCAGCCCCAACCCAGUUACGUCAGCAGCGGAAGCGAACACUUGGCCGACGACUCACCCUGCCUCUCCGAACUCGUCCAUGGUUUCCUCGAGAACGAUUCCGAAGCCGAUUCGCAUGCCGGUGAUCCCGUCUCUGAACCUGUCGACUCCGUAUCCGAAUGUUCGGAUGACCUAGAAGAUAUUCUCAGAUCGACGGCCGGUACCAAUGCAGUGGACUCGUACAAGAAAUUGCUCGUUGCUCACGUCUCGGAAGCGGUGGAAGUGUUCUCCCGUCUGAGAUCGACCAGAAACAUUUUCCGGCGGAACGUGAUGACGUUUCUGCGAGACCUGGGACACAAUGCCGCGAUCUGCAAGACCAAGUGGGACUCCUCCGGGGGACUCAGUGCGGGUAGCUACGAGUUCAUCGACGUGAUCCAUUCAACCUCCUCCUCAUGGCAGAGCCGGUACUUCGUUGAGCUCGACCUCGCAGCCCAGUUCGAAGUCGCCAGGCCAACGGACCAGUACGCGACGCUUCUCCGCUCUCUGCCCAAGGUUCUCGUCUGCCGCGGCGAGGAGCUGAAGAAAUUGGUGAAGAUCAUGUGCGACGUGGCGAAGAGAUCUUUGAGGAGCAGGGGCCUGUCCGUGCCUCCAUGGAGGAAGAACCGAUACAUGCAGAACAAGUGGUUCGGUCCUUACCGUCGCACCGCCAAUCCUGUUCGUGAAAAUACAGCUGCGCCGAUGGCUCUUCCCCCAGUUGGGAGUGUAAAAUGCAGGUUCGUCGGGUUCGACAACGCCGUUUCGGACGUAAACGUAAACGUCAACGUGCACCACCAGCACCGGCGUGGCUUCUUCGUGUGUACCAGAUGAUAAGCAUGCCAUAAAUAAUUCCUCAGCUAAUAAUAACUUUAAUGAUAUUUAUUUUUCCUUUGUUGCUUUGCCUUUUAAUCUUAUUUUAUUUUAUUUUAGUUCCAAAAGGGACUUUCCGCUUUCGAUUCGUAAAGAUGGUGUACGCGGCAAAUGAACAUCGUCUACAUGUCGGCGGCCAGAGGCAACAUAUUACGUGAAAGCCAAAUAUCAGUACUCCGAACAAUAUGCACCGCAGCAUGGAUCGUGAAUGUUCCGAGUCAUCAUAUCGAACGGAUAGAAAGUGAGGGUCCAUAGUGGAAACCUACCUAUUAGUGUCGUUUUGUGUUUUGUAUCUUAGGGUGACGAUAAGAUAGGGAGGGUGAUGGAGAUAACGAUGAAGAUGACGUGGAAGUUUGAGUGUUAUUUUAGCGGUGUUGACGAUGUUGACGUGUGAUGCUCAAAAUUGGAGCUAUUGUGAGAUAAUGUUGUGUACAGAUAGGAGUGGCUAUGAGCGUGAGUGCGGUGGUGGAUCCUAAUAAUUAGGACAAAUCCCCC